UUUACUCGCCAUGAUUUCCACGAGUCUACCCAGACCUAAUUCCUAAAUAUGAGAGAGAGAGAGAGAGAGAGAGAGAGAGAGAGAGAGAGAGAGAGAGAGAGAGUUUCAACACACAUACAUGCAUCUAUAUUAAUAUAUAGGGAGGAGGAUCGAGGAGGGAGAAGCACAGGAAGUCUCAACUGCGCGGAGAAUUGCACGCCGUACAAGAAGAAAAUGAAGAAAUCUCUUGAAUUUGACGAACAUGUUGGUGAGUCCACCAGUACUAAUCCACAAAAAAGUGGAACUUGUAAACCUACCCCGGCGGAUGAUCCUCAGUACGACUCUUCCUCCUCUUCUGAGAGCACUUCUAGUACUGCCAUAACUAGAAAACAUUCGAGAAAGAGGAGAUCAAAAGAGCUUAUUCGACAGUUCAGAGAACUCUCAACCAUUGUUAAUCCUGAAGCCUCGAACAAGGAGGUCAUGUUAAUGGACAAGGAGGCUAGACGUUCCGUACUUGAAGAUGCUAUCAAGUACAUGGAACAACUUGAAGAACGAGUGAAAGAGCUUGAGGAGGAACUCAUGACAAGACCUAAUCAUGGAUCCUAUUCCGAAGAAGAAGAAGAAGAUGGGCUACUCGAAAUUGACGUGAAAACAGAUGGUCAAGAUCAACAGAAUGUGCUCAUCAGAAUCAUUUGUGAGAAACAAAAAGGUCAAAUUGCCAGAAUAAUGAGCGAGAUAGAGAAGCUUCAUCUAAGCGUUUCCAGUAUCAGUGCCCUGCCCUUUGGAGACCAACUUUUGGUCAUUUCCGUUUCAGCUCAGAUGGGCAAUGAAGUUUGUAUGACAGCCAACGAUCUCUGGAAGAAUUUACGAGUUGCGCUUUCGAAGUUCAUGAGACGUGUUUAGGCAUUUCCGGUUGUUAUCCAAAUCCAAUAUGACAAUCGUCAGCAAGAGUUCAUUUGGUCGUAGGCCAAUAGUAGAUGUGGCUCUUGUUAAAGCAUCCAACUUUAGACUAAUUGGUAAUGAAUAGGACAGUCCUAAAUGUUAUUAAGUGAUCACCGAUUUAUGGUUUAUUCGAUUGUCAUGGUUUUCGGCU